AUGAGGAUGAACGCGUGCUGCAGUGCUUUGCUCCUGCUCAUCCUGAUUCCCGUUGUCUGUCAAGCUGGAAACAUCUUGGUGUUUUCUGCCGAAGGCAGCCACUGGUUAAACAUGAAUAUUCUACUUCAAGCUCUGCACUCAAGAGGACACAAUAUCACUGUUGUGCAUUCAAGCAAAAGCUGGUACAUCCCAAACAACUCCUCCAAUUACAACACUGUCACAGUCCAAGUGGAGAGGGGCAUGGAUCAGGAGCAUUUCACAAAUGUAUUAUCCAAGGCAAUAAAAUUUGAGCAGGAUGCAUAUCCCUUGAUAAAGCUUCCCUUUAUUUUUGUAGAAUUAAUAUGCAACUUAUUUGAAACUCACAAAGUUGUGGGUGAAUUUGUAUCAACACUGCUAGAUGACCGAGAGUUGAUGAGAAACAUCGAGGGCAGCAAGUUUGAUCUGGUACUCGCUGACCCUGCUUGGGGAGCUGGAGUCAUUUUGGCCAAAUAUCUGAACCUUCCACUGGUUUUUAAUGUUCGCUGGCUGCUAAAUCUAGAUGGUCAUCUUGCUCUUGCUCCAUCACCCGUAUCUUAUGUUCCUAUUGUAAGAUCUGGCAAUAGAAAAAUGACCUUUUUUCAGAGAGUUAAAAAUAUGAUUUCAUAUCUUAUCAGUCAAACACAAUACCACUUUUUAGUUAAGGGAUACCAGAAGAUAUGUGACAAAUAUCUUGGGCCUGAAAAUGAAUUCGAACAGUUGGCGCUUAAUGCAGAUAUUUGGUUGAUGAGAACUGACUUUGUUUUUGAUUUUCCACGUCCAACUAUGCCUAAUGUUGUCUACAUGGGAGGGUUUCAGUGUAAACCUGCAAAACCUUUGCCUCAACACCUAGAGGAUUUUGUACAGAGCUCUGGAGAACAUGGAGUCAUCAUCAUGUCUCUGGGGAAGUUUGUGAGUGAACUUCCUGCUUACGUGACCAACAAGAUGGCUACAGCUUUUGCUAAAUUACCUCAGAAAGUCAUCUGGAGUUACAAAGGGGACAGACCGGCCACUCUGGGUAACAACACUUUACUCGUCGACUGGAUGCCACAGAAUGACCUCCUGGGACAUCCAAAGAUUAAACUAUUUGUGGCUCACGGGGGAACCAACGGAGUUCAAGAGGCAAUUUAUCAUGGAGUCCCAGUUGUGGGUCUACCUCUAUUAUUUGACCAGAAAGACAACCUGCUCCGUCUGAAAGAGAGAGGAGGAGCUAAGAUUCUUACAUUAGCCACAGUGGACAAAGACAACAACUUCCGAGCAGCAAUACAGGAAGUCUUGACUGAGCCCUCCUACAGGCUGAACAUACAGAGACUCUCCAGGCUGCACAGAGAUCAGCCAAUGAAACCACUGGACACUGCCAUCUUCUGGAUAGAGUUUGUCAUGAGACACAAAGGUGCAGCUCACCUGAGAACGGAGUCCCACAGACUGCCCUGGUACUCCUACCACUCUGUAGAUGUCAUAUUGUUCUUGACAACAGUUGCACUAGUUAUUUUGUUAUUUUUUGCUGGAAUGUUAUGGUCAUGCUUCAGAUUGUGUAUCAAAAGAAAACUUAAAUCUGACUAA